UCUCCCAACGAAACACUGUUCAAAUACUCGCGCAUCAUUGCUUAUGCUUCCCACACUAGAUUCACUGGAAAGACUAACAAUAAUUUCCCCCCUUUUUCAAUUCCUUCUCUCAUAAUCAUCAAUCAACCUUAAAAUUCACCCAAAUUAAUGCAACAACAACACUACUCGCCGUCGCCGUCGCCGUCACUGUCACCGUCACCGCCGCCCCCGCCGCCGCCUCAGCCAUCGAUGACGCCUUUCAAGAAACGACUCCUUCAUCGAGCCGAAGACUCCUCAAGACGUUACCUUUCUCCGUCUGAGGAAAAGGAAGAUGAGAAAUAUGCAGCGGAGAAACAAGAGAGGCUGGAGAUCGAGUAUAAAAAUCCCUCCUAUGAGGUGGAGGACGAAGGAUGGACUGCACAAGGAGUUGAACAAGGCCGAGGUGAUAGGUUUGGUGGAGAGUACAUGAUGGAACGUGAUGAAGGGAAACUUGAGGAUGAAGAGUUAAGUGAGGAGAAUUUCUAUGAUGAACAUGGGUUGGAUCAAGAUAGUUACAAGAAAGAACGGCAUGAUGUGGUUAGAGAACGGCAAAAAAAGAAAGAAUUAGAGGUAUUUGUUGGUGGAUUGGACCGUGAUACAACUGAAGAAGAUCUUAGGGAAGUCUUUAGUCAAGUGGGCGACAUUACCGAAGUGAGGCUCCUGAUGAAUCCAAUGACCAACAAAAAUAAGGGCUUUGCUUUCAUACGGUUUGCUACAGUUGAGCAGGCGAGGCGUGCUCUUAAUGAGCUUAAGCGUCCAAUGAUUAAUGGAAAGCAAUGCGGAGUGGCCCCAAGUCAAGAUAGUGACACAUUGUUUGUUGGUAACAUUUGCAAGACAUGGUCAAAAGAAAUGUUGAAGGAAAAACUAGUGUGGUAUGGCAUAGACAAGUUUGAGGAGCUGACAUUGGUUGAAGAUGCUAAAACUGAAGGUAUGAAUCGGGGAUUUGCAUUCUUGGAUUUCCCAUCUAGAGCAGAUGCCUUGGAAGCUUGCCGACGCCUGCAGAAAAGGGAUGUCAUAUUUGGCACCGAUCGAACGGCCAGGGUUGCUUUUGCUGACACCUUUAUUGAACCUGAUGAUGAGAUCAUGGCUCAGGUGAGGACUGUAUUCGUUGAUGGUUUGCCUCCUUCUUGGGAGGAGGACAUAAUAAAGGAUCAUCUACGACAGUUUGGGAAAAUCGAGAAGGUUGAACUCGCUCGAAAUAUGCCUGCUGCUAAAAGGGAUGAUUUCGGGUUUAUAACUUUCAACACACAUGAAGCUGCUGUAUCUUGUGUUGAUGGUAUUAAUGAUUCAGAGCUUGUUUUCAGAAACAAGAAGGUGAAAGUUCGAGCAAGGCUAUCCAGACCACGUCAGAGAGGCAAAUCUGCUAAAUAUGCACGAGGAGGUUACUCAGUGGGACCAGAUGGUUAUGGGAGUCACAGGGGUUCUUGGGAGGGUGGUUCGAACCGCAUGGAUGCUCAUAGGUUCUCAGACCGUGGUAGAAGAAGCAUUCGAGAUCGUAGUCCAUAUGAUGCAGGUCGUAGAAGGUCAUUCGAUUCUAGAGGUGACCGGGGAUAUGAAGUCUCUGUUUCCGAUAGAACUGGUAGCAGAAGACCAUAUACUUCUUCAGACAGAUCUUUAAAGCGCAGAUCUCCAGUUUAUGAAAGGGACGGCUUUAAAACCGAGUACAUGAGGCAAAAUAUGGCCAUCUCUUCAACCGAGAGGCAGGUCUAUAGAGAUUCUUAUUCUUCACGUGGAGCUGGAUACGUGGAAGAGUCUUCAAGGACCGUUUCUCGUAUUCCUGGCCGGGGAAGUUCUCAUAUUUACGAUGAAGAUGAUGAUGGUGGAAGAUAUGUGUAUAUAGAGCACCCAUCAAGAUACAAUGAUGGCGGUAGCCGGAACUUUAGUUCCACAUCUGGCUUAAAGCGACCUUAUUCAUCAAUUGAGGAACACCAUCCACGUUAUACUGAAUCAUCCCGGAGGCAAUCAAGAUCGGGUUUUGAUUAUGCCAAUAGUUCUGAUUUGUUGUAUAAUGAUAGGAUAUAUGGAAGUGAGCCCACAAGGCUAGCGCGUGGAUCCCGUUCUGGAUACAAUGGAAGUACUCAGAGUUCUGCAGGCCAUUCUCAUGGAUUGUAUGAUAAGAAUACCUCCAAUGUAGGCUACAGAAGAGUGGAGAUAAGCAAUGAGCAUCCGGAAGAGAUGUACUCCAGAUAUGGUAGAGAAUGUGAGUCGCGAGACUACAUCCCUUCACGAUCAGAAAUGCGUGCGGAGUCAUAUUCUCCUGUCUACUCAAAUCAUCGUGUGACUGAUGGCUAUGUGGGUGGGCGUGUUUCUGACUCAUACUACUGAGAAAACAAUCUUGUGGUUCUGAAGAUCUAUUAUCGAGAUGGGAUCGAGCACUUCAACCUGAAGAAUAUAAUUUUGAUGAGGCUGCGACUUUGAGAAACAGGUAUGCGUAGCGCAAAGCACUCAAUAUGGUAGAUCUUUAAUCAUCUUGAGAUGCCAGUUUCUUGAUUUUAUCAAGAGAAAUAGAUUGUUGAUCAUAUGGGGUAACCGGAUAUUGACAUUUUCGAAUCAAGAAAAUGGGGAUUUAUCCUGUUCUGAUGCUAUGGUUCUUCAACCAUUGAAAGAAGAAUCAGGUGCUUACUUCUUUAUAAUCUAGCAUCCUGAAAGAAUACAUGGGUGGUUUUAGAAGGUCACUAAGCUAGAUUUCAGUGGCAUUUGGUCACAGUUAGAACCAGUUUUACAUUUUCUUGAUCUGGGAUUUCAAGAUUGCAGCUGCAAAUGCAUAUUUUGAGUUCUAUCUUCCAAUUUAGUUUGAAUUGACUGCAAGUUUCUUCAUCCUCUCAUCUGGGAUAUAGAUUCCUGUUUCUUGUUAGAAUCUUGCACUCAAGCAAGGUGGGUUCUAUGAUCUGUUUCAGUUGAUAUGAAUAUAUGAUCAUUCUUGUUAUAUUCGGUUUGUGGGUUCUAUUAGAUAUGAUAUGGAAAGAACUGAAAUAUGGGUAACUAUAAGAAGAAAUGAAGAUGAAACCCGAAUAUAAAGAAUAGAGGGAAAUGAUGUUAACGAAUAUGACCUUAAUUCAUGUCUGUUCAGGUUGCGUUAAAGUUUUGCAAAAUGGUUUGAAUCGGUCGAAUCUAUCUUCUUGUUAAGUGGCAAGAUGGUUUGAAUCGGUUGAAUCUAUCUUCUUGUCAAGUUGAUCGUGGUAACUUGAGUAAGUUCUCGGCUUAAGCUGUUGAAGUCCGACUGUAAUUUAACCUUUUUUGGUUAUGAAUUGUGCUUGGUUAGGGCUGUAAAUAAACUAAAAGUUUGACCAACCGUUCGUGACCUAUUUGGUGGGAAAUAUGUUUAUAUGAUAAAUGAAUGAACAUGAACAAGGUUUUUUGGUUUGUUUAGUGAAAUGAACGAAACACGAACAAAUGCUUGUUCGUUCAAUUAUAUU